UGGCGCCCGGCGCUCACGCGGGCCCUUUGUGUCUCUUCUCCUCCCGCAGCAAGAUGUUCAUCGGGGGACUCAGUUGGCAGACUACGCAGGAAGGGCUGCGCGAAUACUUCGGCCAGUUCGGGGAGGUGAAGGAGUGUCUGGUGAUGCGGGACCCCCUGACCAAGAGAUCCAGGGGUUUCGGCUUCGUCACUUUCAUGGACCAGGCGGGGGUGGAUAAAGUGCUGGCGCAAUCGCGGCACGAACUCGACUCCAAAACAAUUGAUCCCAAGGUGGCCUUUCCUCGGCGAGCACAGCCUAAGAUGGUGACUCGAACGAAGAAGAUCUUUGUGGGGGGGCUAUCAGUGAACACGACGGUGGAGGACGUGAAGCAAUAUUUUGAGCAGUUCGGGAAGGUGGACGAUGCCAUGCUGAUGUUUGACAAAACCACCAACCGGCACCGAGGGUUCGGGUUUGUCACGUUUGAGAGUGAGGACAUCGUGGAGAAAGUGUGUGAAAUCCACUUCCAUGAAAUCAACAACAAAAUGGUGGAAUGUAAGAAAGCUCAGCCAAAAGAGGUGAUGUCGCCGACGGGCUCGGCCCGGGGGAGGUCUCGAGUCAUGCCCUACGGAAUGGACGCCUUCAUGCUGGGCAUCGGCAUGCUGGGUUACCCUGGUUUCCAAGCCACCACCUAUGCCAGCAGGAGUUAUACAGGCCUCGCCCCUGGCUAUACCUACCAGUUCCCCGAAUUCCGUGUAGAGCGGACCCCUCUCCCGAGCGCCCCAGUCCUCCCCGAGCUUACAGCCAUUCCUCUCACUGCUUACGGACCAAUGGCAGCAGCGGCAGCAGCGGCGGCUGUGGUUCGAGGGACAGGUUCGACUCCCAGCCGCACAGGGGGCUUCCUGGGGACCACCAGCCCCGGCCCUAUGGCCGAGCUUUAUGGGGCAGCCAACCAGGACUCAGGGGUCAGCAGUUACAUCAGCGCUGCCAGCCCCGCCCCCAGCACCGGCUUCGGCCACAGUCUCGGGGGCCCCUUGAUUGCCACAGCUUUCACCAAUGGGUACCACUGAAGCAGGAGACAGGUGGCAGAUGCGCCCCAGCCUGCAGCUGACUUAGGACCACGAGUGAGCCAGCGAGGGGGCGGGGACACCUCAGCCGCAGCCGCCGCCCCCUCCCCCGCAGCGACUCGGACCCGCUACUGCCUGCCCCCCACUCCCCGGGCCCGGCCCCUGCCCUGCUGCCCCUGGGC